CGGCCCAUUAAUGUGGGCCACCAACUUAUUGGUCCAGAAAUAAUUUUGUUUGCCCCGGUCGUCUUCUCCCUCGGCGGUGCCACCAAACCGGGCGAGCGAGCGAGCGGAGGAGGAGGUGUUCAGAUCAGCUCAUCGCUCCCUCCCUUCCUUCCCCGGAUCCAGCUGCUCCCGAUCGAGAUCUGCCCCGGAGGGCGAUGAGAGCAUGACCCCCGCGCAGGACCCCUUCUACAUCGUCAAGGACGAGAUCCAGGAUUCCAUUGACAAAGUACAAGAUACUUUUAAUCAAUGGAAGCAAGCACCUGAAAAUACAGGAGAGUAUGUGCAUCUUACCAGAGAACUGCUAACCACCUGUGAGAGCGUCCAAUGGCAGGUGGAUGAGUUAGAGAAGGCAAUUUCUGUUGCUGAGAGAGAUCCAGCUUACUAUGGACUUAACGAGGUUGAAAUUGGGAAACGGAGGAACUGGACUAGCACCGCCCGCAACCAGGUAGUAUCCAUACGGAGGAAUGUUGAAGCUGGAAAGCACAAGACUGCCUUUGGACGUUCAGUCAAUCCUUCUGAACUAGGCAGAUCCAAGCAGCACAUUGCUCAGGAUAACGAUGACUUCAUUGCUUCAGAAUCUGAUCAACAGAUGCUCCUGAUGAAGCGUCAGGAUGAUGAGUUGGAUGCGCUCAGUGCUAGUGUCCAGCGAAUUGGAGGUGUAGGUCUCACAAUACACGAAGAGCUUGUUGGACAGGAAAAACUUCUAGGUGAACUAAGCCUCGACAUGGAAACUACCUCCAACCGGCUCGAUUUUGUGCAGAAAAGAGUGGCUAUGGUUCUGAAAAAGGCCAGCUUGAAAGGGCAGAUCAUGAUGAUAGCUUUCUUGGUGGUUCUUUUCAUCAUCCUUUUCGUUUUGGUAUUCUUGACUUGAGAGAUGGAGUUUAAGUUGCAUGAGUAUUUGCCAUCAGGUGUAGAGAUUAUAGCACAUAAGUAUAAUUGAUUCAUGUAAUUGUGUCUGGCCGUUAUAGUUUUGUUCUUCGGGGAUCUGCCUUUGCCAAGUAAUAUCAAAGUCAUUUUUCGUGUAA